CACACUUACCGCUUUUUUCCCCCCGCCCCAAAAUACCCAAAAUUUCCACCUCUUGAUAAAUCCAAAUUCAAACCCAUUUCUUUCUCCCUCCAACUUUUUUUUUCGUUGUGUAAUAGAGAGAGAGAGAGAGAGAGAGAGAGAGAGAGAGAGAGAGAGAGAAGGUUUAGGGUUUUUUUCGUUUGGAACGAGCUCGGAUAAGCGAUCAAUGGCGGGGAAAGGCGGAAAGGGGCUUUUGGCGGCGAAGACGACGGCGGCGAACAAGGACAAGGAGAAGAAGAAGGCGGUUUCGCGGUCUACGCGAGCCGGUCUCCAGUUCCCAGUGGGCCGCAUCCAUCGUCAACUGAAGUCUAGAAUUGCAGCAAAUGGUCGUGUUGGGGCCACUGCAGCUGUCUACUCAGCAGCCAUUCUCGAGUAUUUGACAGCUGAGGUGUUGGAGCUGGCAGGGAAUGCCAGCAAGGAUCUUAAGGUUAAGCGUAUCACCCCUCGCCACCUGCAGUUAGCCAUCCGCGGUGAUGAAGAACUUGACACCCUCAUCAAGGGCACCAUCGCUGGGGGCGGAGUCAUCCCUCACAUCCACAAAUCCCUCAUCAACAAGUCUACCAAGGAAUGAAUUUAUUCUCGUCUUACUUAUUACUCUUAUGGGGGCUUUAUAUUUGUAAGGAUAUACUUCUUGGUGUUAACGAUGCGGUUUUUCGGUUUUUGUUAUGUUGGAUGCAGGGUGUUCUUUUUUAAGUGUCAAGUGUGAACUGCUUUUCUCCUGUGUGAAAAAAUUACUGUUCUUAUUGGGUUUCUGCCUUUCAUGGGCAGUUGAGAUAGACGCACACGCUGGGUUUAGUACAUGUUAGAUGUGUGACUUUCUCAUUCAGUUGCGGAAUGAUAACUAUUAUGUUGCUUGUGCAAAUGAAUCUGUUGAUGAAUUUCUCAUACAGCUGAUUGUUGAUAGAGU